UCGAUACUAUCGAAAGUGCCCAUUCGGCCGAUAGCUAAACAAAAACAAAAAAAAAUAAAAACAUAAACAUAAACAAACAACAGCACAAGGAGCUAGUCAAACACAACAACGCAAUGGGUUUUCCGCGCAUCCUCAGCAAGAACAACAAGAUCUACACCAAGCUUGGCGAGUUCUGUUUGUCGGGGGAUAGCUUCUGGAUUGUUUGUCACACGUGCCAAGAGGAGCUUCAGACACAGGAUCAGUUCUGGAAGCACAUACAGGAUGAGCAUAAUUUCCUGCACGGGGUGGCAAAGGAACACAGUCGUACAUCCAGCUACUGCCUAACGGAUGUGGAGGCUGCGGCGGCAGCAGCAACGCCAGGAAGCAGCUCCCAGCAAGGCGCGACAGCGAUCAGUGUGCCACUGGCCCUUUACACCUGCUCAACCAAGUACUCAGAGGAGGAACAACGGGAGGUGGAACUGCACGAACAGCAGGUUCAAGUACAACAGCAGGUGCAACAACAAGUGCAACAACAGCAAGCGCAGCAGCAACAACAACAACAGUCUCAGCAGCACGGGCACCAGCAGCACCAGGUUCAACAACAACAUGCCCACCAGCAGCUCCAACAGCAGCGGGAUGUUGCCAAGGAGCUGGCUGAACUCCAUGCCAAUGCGGUAGCUGCCGCUGCAGCCGCUGCAACUGUGGUAUCCACAGGCGAGGGAACUACACGUAGCAACAGCGCCAUCGACAUUAAGAUAGAGCCCAGCAGUCUGACACUUACACCCGAAAUGCAGGCUGCUGCUGCAGCUGGUGGGACCAUUUACCAUCUGCCACAGCUAGUUCCACCACCUGUACCGCCUCCACCGCCAGCGUCCGGAUUUGUUAGCGUCAGCGCCAGUACCAGCACCUCCACGGUCAGCACCACGCCCCCUAAUGCUCUACAGCAGCAGCAGCAACUAAACAUGUCUGUCGUUCCUUCGGCCGCCGCUAUGCUAGCCGCCAGUCAGGAACAGCUGCCUAAGGACUCUAACAGCACGACGGCCAGCGCCGGGAGUGCUGUGUCUUCAGAUGACGGAGAACGGUGGUACGUCUGCGAUUACGAGACUUGUGGUUUGAAGUUUAAGUAUAAGUCUAGAAUGGAGCUGCAUCGUGUAGUUCACAGCAAGGAGCGGCGGUUCAAUUGCGAACUGUGCAGUGCCUCCUUCAAGCAGUCGUGCAACCUAUCAACGCACCGAAAAAAAAAGCACGCACUGAGAGGCAUCAAAAGCGAGAUAUUGCCGCAGCGCUUUUAGGCUAUAGACUAAACAGACCCAGCUCAACGAUUCCCCAAUUAAUCACAUAGCAUCUCUAAAAAACCCUGUUUGAAAAUGUUGAUUUAGGUUCAAGAAAAUUGCUUGCUUGCCACAAAAAACGUUCAUUGUGCAAGGAGCAAGGAGAUUUGUUGAAUUGGUAAGGUGUGCACAAAAAUAUUGUACAUUUUGUCUCUUGCAUAAUGUCUUUGGUUUUGCUAAGACUCAAUAAAGUUAUAGACUUUA